AUGGCCGACUUCACCGCUGUCGCUCAACAGUUCGUUGAGUUCUACUACCAGACCUUCGACUCCAACCGCGGCGGUCUGGCUCCUCUCUACCGUGAUAACUCGAUGCUCACCUUCGAGACCUCCUCCGUCCAGGGUACCGCCGGCAUCGUCGAGAAGCUUACCAGCCUUCCCUUCCAGCAGGUGCGCCACCAGAUUGCCACCUUUGACGCCCAGCCUUCUAGCGAGGGAGGCAUCGUUGUCUUGGUUACCGGUGGUCUGCUUGUUGAUGAGGAGCAGAAGCCCAUGAGCUAUACCCAGUGCUUCAACCUCCAACCCGAUGGCCAGGGCAGCUUCUUUGUCCUGAACGACGUCUUCCGUCUGAUCUACGCUGCAUAA